AUGGCUCAUGGAGGUGCACCAACAGAGGUGUCCAAGAGCCAUUCUGAAAUCCUGCAGAGCUCUGCUGAGCUCCGCUCUGCAGCUCCACGGCCACAGUUGAGGUGGCUGUGGAAGAACUACCAAUAUGUGCUGGCCUUUUACUUUGCCAUCCAGGAGAUCAAUAGGGAUGACCACCUGCUCCCAAACAAGUCCUUGGGUUUCCAGUUGUACAAUGCCUUGGCCAGUCACAGCUUCACACUGUUGAAUGCCCUGCACUGGCUGACAGGGGACCAUAGCUUGACUCCCAACUACAGGUGCCAGACACGGAGUAAGUCAGUUGUUGUCCUUGCUGGAACAAGCUCAGUGUUCUCUGCUGAAAUGGGGACCAUUUUGGAGCUCUACAAAAUCCCACAGCUCACUUAUGGUCCUUUUGAUCCCAUGCUGAAUGAUAAGAAGCAGUUCCCCUCACUCUAUCAGAUGGCCACCAGUGACAGCUCUCUGGCCCGUGCCAUGAUCUCCCUGCUGCUGCGUUUUGGCUGGACAUGGGUGGGACUCUUGGUGUCUGAUGACAUGAGAGGAGAGCAGUUCCAUCAGGACAUCCAAGCAGAGAUGGUCAAGAGAGGAGUCUGCUUGGCCUUUGCCAUCAAGCUCCCUGAGACAAAGACAAUGUAUGAAAACUCUGACAGCUCUUUCCUUUAUUGGCUCAGCAUUUCCUCUGCAAAUGUGCAUAUACUGUACAGUUGUGGACACAUAGGAAUCUGCCGUCCCAAUGUUUCCCUUGAAAAUGUCCCAGGACACAUUGACAUGCUGACCGUGUCUGACUCCAGCUAUUUUGUGUACAAUGCUGUGUAUGCAGUGGCCCACGCCCUGCAUCGGGUGUUUCUGGAGAAAGAAGAAAUGGUUUUCCCAGAAGACACAGCUCAAGCUCUCAUUCUUCCCUGGCAGCUACAUCCACUUCUGAGGACAACACAGUUCACCAACAAUGCUGGGGAUCAUGUGUCCCUCCACAAAGCAACACCUCAUCAGGAACACUACAACAUUCAGAACAUUGUUAACUUUCCUGCAGGCCUCCGAGUGAUGGUUAACAUUGGAAAGUUUUCCUCUGGGAGUGGACGUGACCAAGACCUGGUCAUCAGGGAAGACAUGAUAGAAUGGCCUGUUGCAUUCAAGGAGACUCCAACAUCUGUGUGUAGCCAGAGCUGUGGGCCAGGAUUCAGGAAAAGGCCAGAGGAAGGAUCGGCUGUCUGCUGCUACACCUGUGUUUCCUGUGCAGAGGGGGAAAUUUCCAAUCAGACAGAUGCAGAGCAGUGCAUCCAGUGCUCAGAGCUGGAGUACACAAACAACGAGAAAACUCACUGCCUCCCCAAGCUGGUGACUUUCUUGGCCUUUGAGGAUUCCCUGGGGAUGGCUCUGGCCUGCAUGGCUCUGACCCUCACUCUCCUCACUGUUAUGGGGUUGGGGGUCUUUGUGAAGCACCAAGACACACCCAUUGUGAAGGCCAAUAACCGCAACCUCAGCUACAUCCUGCUCAUCUCACUCCUCCUCUGCUUCCUCUGUUCCUUCCUCUUCAUUGGCCAUCUCAACACAGCCACCUGCCUCCUAAGACAAAUCACAUUUUCCCUGGUGUUCACAGUGGCUGUUUCUGCCGUGCUGGCCAAAACCAUCACUGUGGUUCUGGCCUUCAAGGCCAUGAAGCUUGGAAGGACCAUGAGGAGAUUGCUGGUGUCAGGAGCCCCAAACGCUGUCAUUCCCAUCUGCUUCUUCAUCCAACUGACUCACUGUGCCAUCUGGCUGACAACAUCUCCCCCCUUUGUGGACAGAGAUGCACACCCUGAGCAUGGACACAUCAUCCUCUUGUGCAACGAGGGCUCCAUCACUGCCUUCUACUGUGUGCUGGGCUUCCUGGGCUCAUUGGCCUUGGGCACCUUCACUGUGGCUUUCCUUGCCAGGAAGCUGCCUGACACAUUCAAUGAAGCCAAGUUCCUGACAUUCAGCAUGCUGGUGUUCUGCAGUGUGUGGGUGACCUUCCUGCCUGUGUCCCAGAGCACCAAGGGGAAGGUGAUGGUGGCCGUGGAGGUCUUCUCCAUCUUGGCCUCUGGUACAGGUCUCCUGGGCUGCAUCUUUGCCCCCAAGUGCUACAUUAUUCUCAUUAAGCCUGAGAGGAAUUUGUUCAAAAGCUUCAAGAAAACAACAAAUUCCAAGGGAGUUUGA